GGCUGAGAAACGGGUUAGUUUGUGGGCUUUGAAUAAACCUCCAGCUCAGACUGGGAGUCCGUCAGUUACCGUUAGCUCUGCUUCGGCCGCCGAUUCGCUCCUUUUCCUUCUCCCCACGGGUGCGCUGGCCCCCUCCCUCCUCCUCUUAUCGCUGUCCUCUGUUCUCGCCUGUUGCUUUUCCUCCUGCUGCUGCAAACUUAGUCUAGAGUGAGAUUCCUGUGUGAUGGACUGCUGAACAGCUUUUGAUCCGCUACAAAGUGAGCAGUGAGCUGAGUGUUACUGACAGGACAGACAGACAUGGGGAAGCAGAACAGCAAGCUCCGUCCUGAGGUGAUGCAGGACCUACUGGAGAGCACCGACUUCACCGAGCACGAGAUCCAGGAGUGGUAUAAGGGCUUCCUGAGAGACUGCCCCAGUGGGAACCUGUCCAUGGAGGAGUUCAAGAAGAUUUACGGCAACUUCUUUCCGUAUGGAGAUGCUUCAAAGUUUGCGGAGCACGUCUUUCGCACAUUCGAUGCUAACGGGGAUGGGACGAUAGAUUUUAGGGAGUUUAUCAUCGCUUUAAGUGUGACAUCACGUGGCAAGCUUGAGCAGAAGCUGAAGUGGGCCUUCAGUAUGUACGACCUGGACGGGAACGGGUACAUCAGUAAAUCUGAGAUGUUGGAGAUUGUACAGGCGAUAUAUAAGAUGGUGUCCUCUGUGAUGAAGAUGCCAGAAGACGAGUCAACGCCUGAGAAGAGGACGGAGAAGAUCUUCAGGCAGAUGGACACCAACAGAGACGGUAAGCUGUCCCUGGAAGAGUUCAUCAAGGGGGCAAAGAGCGACCCCUCCAUCGUCCGCCUGCUGCAGUGCGACCCCAGCAGUGCCGGCCAGUUCUAGACCUGAGGCAGCGCCACAAUCGCGCUUCUUUGGGUGACUCUACAUGCCUGUAAUUCUCCACCACGGAGCAGACUGACGAUGAAGGAUGUGACAAGAUGAAGAAGAAGCCAGGCCUUCAACACGUACUGAGGACUUUUUAUAGACGGGCACAGGAGCCUAAUUCUGCGUUGAUAUUCUCCCCUCUGCUAUCCCCCGCCCUCUAAACAGCUGUGUGUGUGUGAACCCUCUGAAAUCCAGCAAAAGAUCGACAGCACAUCCUGUUGCUGAUGCUGACCCCCCCCCCCCCACACCCCCACCCCACCCCCGCUGACUGUAGUUAAACUCCUCAGUUCUCCUGUAGGCCUAUUGGAGUGUAGAGAAGGUUUACCGUAGGUUGUGUAUAUAUGUGCAGUGUAAACUGGAGUCUCUGUAUCAGUGUCUUUGCUUGGCUCUCUGUUCUCUCUAAACUUCCAGUUAGAGCACUGUGUGUGUGACAGACUGAGCGUGUGCAGAAGAGAGAGAGAGAGAGAGAGAGACAGCACGCGCUGGAGGUGAGCUCAUCCAAUCUGCAGAGAGGACCUGUGAGCUCGGUCCUUCGCUCACAAUGAGUACUGCUUUCACUUUCCUCUUUUCUACUGUAAGAUGUGUCUCUGCCAACUUGAUAGACUUUUCAUACAUCGUGCUGGAACGGACACGUGGCGUAACGUUAUGCUACUAUGCAUAUGCUCCCCGAUCAGUACUUAGAUUUUGUGAAGUCUCACUGACGAGCGUCCCUCCCUCCCUCCCCCCAUCUGUUCCCGUGUGUUUUAUUUUGGCAUGUCGGAGGUAAGAGCACAGGAAGUUGUCGCUGUGCCCGAGCUUUCCACGCGACACUCACGCAGUCUUUCCAGGUAGCCGAAGACAGUGUAGAUAUUUCAAAGCGCACCGAAACUUAUCGAGCAACCCCGUGUAGUCCAGAACUUUCGCUUCAGAACAAAAGUUGUGGUGAAACAAUAAUAAUGAAAAUAAUAAUAAUAGAAAAUGUUUAUUUAAAUGUUGCCGGAUACCAAGCAUGCCGACCAGGGUUUGUUUUAGUUUUUUUUGACUAGGUGAGGAGCGCAGAAACCCCUCUGCACGCUCUCUUUUAAUGUGUUCAAUGAAAUGCUGCAUGUAGUUGUUGGGUACAGGCGUGCAAAAUAACACAACACGUUUGCAUGUGACUUAGGCGCAUGUGUGUUUUUACUAUAAGUCUAUAGAUAGUCAAACUGCCAGUGGAACGGUGGGCUCUUGGUCAUACAUCAGUGUGUGCGUGUCGGCGUCCCACUGGAUGCUAACCUGAGGACUCGCUCAGCUUUAUUGGCUCUGUCUCCUCUGUCUGUUUCCCGCUUUUAAUCAGCUCCAACACAAAAGGAGGAGGAGAGAUUUGUAAAGAACUCUGAGCAGGACCCGCCUGAAGCCGCCCCGUGAAUGUAAGCGAGCAUCGAGAAGCUCUGAAUGUUCAGAAAGUGCUAAAGAAGAAAAGACGCAGACCAACAGAGAAUCAGAACUACUGCAACAAUGCUGUCACGAUGUGUUGCUUUUAAUCUUUUUUUUUUUUUUUUUUAUAAAUGUACACGGAUACAUUUUUCUUAUUAAAAAAACGACAAAAAAAAAGAAAUGCAUCAGGUGUAAUAUUUCAGUUAAAUACCAAUUAGCGAAUUGUGCCAAAUAAAAACAAAACAGUAUUGUAAAAAUUUAUACUGUACAAUUGUUAUAUGUUGAACAAAAUGUUUGUAACUGUUGAAUUUUGUAGGUUUUGUAUGGUAUCCUGUAUUUUAGUGACUGCCGUUUUGAAACACAGGACUCUCUUUUGUUUUUGUUCUGUUUUGGUCAAUUAAAAGGCAAGAAUUAAAUCGAUGGUGUACUGUGUGCACGAAUUCA